CUGGAAUCCACCUCCGGGGAUGGCUUGGGACGGGGAAAUCACCUGUUGCAGUGGGCUGGCUUGUAGGAGACGUUCAAAGACCCCGCGAAGUUGAUGAGAAGCUUUUAUCAAUGGCAAUCUUCCUCCCCCCUCAUCGCUUGCGUUUUCCAUCCCAUGCCUCAAUCUCUUGCUGCCUAUGUUGGUUUCUCCCAGUAUUUGGUUCCCGAAGCACCAACAAACAUCAUCUUAGCUUCGCGCGAGCAGUAGCGCUGCCCUCGGCCAUUGAUUUUUGUCUUCUCGUCUCGACAAAAACGCCGACAUCUCAUAUCGAUCAUCAUUAAUCAUUCUUCACCAUGUAUCAGGCCAGCAAUGUCUAUUUCAUAUGUGGCUUCGCCGCCAUCGGCGGCGGCCUCUUCGGCUUCGACAUCAGCUCCAUGUCGGGCGUCCUCGGCACGCAGGCCUACAAGCGCUACUUUAAUGAACCCAAGUCGUACGCGCAGGGCGGCAUCACGGCCGCCAUGCCCGCGGGCAGUCUGGUCGGCUCGCUCAUGUCGUCCUUCAUCGCCGACAAGUACUCGCGCAAGGUCGCCCUGCAAUUCUCGUGCGGCCUGUGGAUCGCCGGCUCCAUCCUGAUGGCGGCCGCGCAGAACGUCGCCAUGCUCUGCGUGGGCAGAGUCAUUUGCGGCCUGUGUGUUGGCAUCGCCUCGUCCAUUGUGCCCGUCUAUCAGUCCGAGAUCGCGCCCAAGGAGAUCAGAGGACGCGUGGUUUCGCUCCAGCAGUGGGCUAUCACUUGGGGAAUUUUGAUUCAGUAUUUCAUCCAGUUCGGCGCCGCCUCGGGCAUCGGCGGCGGACCCCAUGACCCUUACCAACCGACAGCAGCCUUCCGCAUCCCCUGGGCUGUCCAGAUGGUCCCGGCCAUCAUCCUGCUGGUCGGCCUGUUCUUCUUCCCAUACACCCCGAGAUGGCUCGCCUCCAAGGACAGAUGGGAGGAGGCCCACCAGGUGCUCGCCAACCUGCAUGGCAAGGGGAACAUGAACCAUCCCAAGGUGCUUGCGCAGUACCGCGAGAUCGAGGAGGCCCUGCGCUUCGAGCGGGAGCAGGCCAAAUCGUCCUUCAAGACCCUGGUCCAGCCGCGCAUCUUCAAGCGUGUCUUGCUCGGCAUGAGUAUCCAAAUGUGGUCGCAACUCAGCGGGAUGAACAUCAUGAUGUACUACAUCGUCUACAUCAUGGAAGGCGCCCAGAUUGCUUCCCCUCUCGCCACCGCGUCAAUUCAAUACGUGAUUAACGUGGCUUUGACGCUCCCCGCCAUCAUCUUCCUUGACAAAUGGGGCCGCCGACCCUCCCUGAUCCUGGGUGCCUUUGGCAUGAUGACCUGGCUGUUCAUCUCCGGCGCACUCCAGCAGUACUACGGCCAGCCCAACACAGCCGAAACUCGCACCCCUCAGAACGGCGACAUCACCUGGAUCGUGCACAACAACCGGCCCGUCUCGUCGGCCAUCGUAUCGUGCUCGUACCUCUUCGUUGCCACCUUCGCCACGACCUGGGGUCCUGUGUCGUGGACCUACCCGGCCGAAAUCUUCCCGAGCAAGGUGCGCGCCAAGGCCGUCUCGCUGUCGACGGCGGCCAACUGGUUCUGGAACAUGGUGCUGGCCUUCGCCGUCCCGCCGCUGCUGUGGAACAUCUCGUACAAGAUGUACUACAUCUUUGGCGCCUUCAACGCGGCCGCCUUUGUGCACAUGACGCUGUGCGCGCCCGAGACGAAAGGGUUUACUCUGGAGGAGAUGGACGACGUGUUUGACUCGGGGCGGCCGGCGUGGAAAAAGCAUGAGAAGAAGAGCAGGCUAGAUCAGCUUGAGAGGGAGAUUGAGGCGGGGAAUUUGAAGGUUGGCGUUCCAGCGGAUGCGCCUGCUGCGACUGUGGGCGAAACUUCCGUUCAUGACUCUGCAGGGUCAGAGAAGAAUGGGGUCACGCAUGCUGAGAUAGCCAACUGAGCUUAUUGCACAAGCUCACCUUGGGUUUUCGUGGUGGUAUGCAGGGAGAAACGGCAGUACAAAUGUCAGGUCUGUAUGGGAUGGAGGAAAUGGAAGGUGGAAGCCGGCUCAGAGGCUGGUGGUUUGACCAGACAGACACAUGCGCAUUGGAGGAUCCAAAGCAGGGACCUCGACAACACGUUUGUGGGUAAGAGCUCACGACAGUCUGUCUAGAGGUAGGUGUCAAUGGCAUUGUGGUAGUCACAAGGUAAGACAUAUGACAAUGGAGUACGGACUAGCAAACCGUUUGUAGUCGUAUCACACUCGUCAGCCGUAGCCUGUCGGAAUCCUGUGUUGAAUCACCAACUCUGC